AUGAUUCAGGUCAGCCCUGAACACCUUAAAACUGGCAAAGAAUUAAUGCUGCAUACAAAUGUUCCUGCAGUAGGCCUCCUCCCCAAGGAUACAAAUACAAAUAAAGAUGGGGACAAUCUUAACAUAGUUAAGAAGUUUAAGCUACGAGUGGAAAGAGACAGAAGAAACCUGUAUGUUAAGAAAUUAAAGUACAGAGGAAUGAGACUUUUGCCACUUUCACAAGAGGACACUGAAGAUGUGGAAAUAUCAAAAGGGCCACAAUUGCAGCCAGGAAAGGACUUGUUGUUCCGAGUUCGCUUUUAUAGGCCGUUUUUAUGUGGCAAAGAAAGAAAUAACUCGCGGCACUCGGUGUUCACCUGCGACGUGGUGGCGCCGGGGCGCUGCGGGCUGGCGGCGCUGCGCGACCGCGUGGUGUGCGCCAACGACGCCACCAUGCGCCUCGAUGUGGCCGCCGCGCCCCACCUCCAGCCGCCGACCAUCGCCAGGGACUUGUUUCCCUCUGGAUUCCUCUUCAUUAACAAUGUGUUUUACGUGGACGAAAGAGAGGGGUGUAUCGACUACAGCGCACCGAUACGCGAAUGGGCGAAGAAACGUGGGCUUGGCGAUUUCCCGAAGAAGGACAUGAACAGCGUCAGGCUAGACGAAUUGGUGCUAAAGCUUGGACACCCUGAGGUGUACGUGCACCAGGGCAACUGCGAGCACCUGUUCACGUUCUCGGAGGUGCGGCUGGUGGGCGCGCGUGACCCGCUCGUCUCCAGCGCGUACCCGCGCCACUCGGCCGUGCUGCAGCACCAAACCGUCUACUGUACUACGUGCGCCGAGUUCGGCGCCAAGUGGGUGGUGGUGGGCUGCACGAGGGUGCCCUUCGACCCCGCCUUCUUCUGCGAAACAUGCUUCAAGCUCUACCUCUACAAGGACGGGCAGAAGAUAGGCGACUUCAAAGCAUACUCGUACAGGGGGAACGAGAUGAAUGUACUGAAGCCUCUCGGGUGA